AAAUUAAAGCGCUUGAAAGUUAGAAACAAAAUGCUGCCCAUAGAUCCUACAAAUGAGACGGCCUACUCCUUUGUUGUCGUAGGCGCCUCCGGUCGCCUGGCGCUGAGCAGAAUCUUUCCAGCACUCUGGCAGCUUUAUCGCGACAAUCGCUUGCCGCAGGGCACAAAAAUCUUUACGUUCUGUCGCACGCCGCUGGACACGGCCAAGUAUCGGCUGCAGUGCGUGCCCUAUAUGGGCUUGGACAAGCAGCACGACAAGCACAAGUACAACAGCUUCUGGACCAAUGUGCAUUGUCUGCAGGGUCAGUACGAUCAGCCCGAGGACUACAUGGAGCUGACAGCUGCCAUGGUGCUGCAGGAGAGCAAGCACAACAUGAGCUACGCCAAUCGCAUUUUCUAUCUGGCCAUACCGCCCAUACUGCUGGACCAGGUGACACUCAACAUCAGUCGCAAAUGCCAAUCGCAUACGGGCUGGACACGCAUUAUUGUGGAGAAGCCGUUCGCACGCAACGAGAUCACCUAUAGACCAUACCAGACGCAGCUCUGCCAGACAUUCAAGGAGUCGCAGAUCUAUAUGAUUGAUCACUAUCUGAGCACGCUGGUCGUGCAGAACUUCUUUGUGCUGCGCUUCAUCAAUCACAUUUGGUCCGAGACCUGGAACAGCAAGCACAUAGCAGCGGUUAUGAUCAGCGUCAAGAGCGACAAGCCCGUGCAGGCGCGCGCCAAUUACUUCAAUCAGUUUGGCAUUAUACGCGAUCUGAUGACCAAUCACAUGAUGCAGCUGCUCACGCUGCUGACCAUAGAUCAGCCGUACAGCAAUCUUGUGGACGAUUUGCGCGACGAGAAGCUGAAGGUGCUGAGGCAAGUGGUUACAGUGGAUCUAGCCGACAUGGUCUUGGCACAGUACUGCAACAAUGGCAAGGAGAGCGAUGCCACUAAACUGGGCUACACACAGCACUCGUACAUACCCAAGGACUCGCUGACGCCCACCUUUGCGCUGGUGGUGCUGCACCUCAACAACAAGAACUGGACGGGCGUGCCGUUCAUACUGCGUGUGGGCCAUGCACUCAAUGAAACCAAAACAGAGAUACGCGUGCAGUACAAAUCCAUUUCCUGUGAUCGCAGCGAGGGCAACCAGAGCGUGUGUAAUGAGCUGGUGCUGCGGCUGCAGCCACGCGAGGAGCUGUUCAUGCGCAUGAUGCUCAAGCGUCCAGGCGAUAAGCUCUGCCUUAAGGAAACGCAAUUGAAUCUUAUGCUGCCGGAUCGCACAACAGUGCCCUCGAACUUGCAACGCUUGCUGUUGAAUGUGUUUGCGGGCAAUCAAAUGUUUUUCAUGCGCACCGAUGAGCAGUGCGAGAUCUGGCGCAUUUUCUCGCCAGUGCUUACGAAAAUUGACGUCGACCGUCCCAAGCCACUGCAGUAUGCCUUUGGCUCGCGUGGACCCAUGGCAGCUUAUCGGCUAGCUGCCAGCAAUGGCUUUCAGUUCUAUGAGUCCGAUGACUUUCAUGCCGAUAAGGACAUUGCUGUUGAAGAGAGCGAGCAGCAAUUGAAGCCGCCCAGUCGUGCCACAAUAGCCACACCUGGCUGGAUGAAUGUGCCUUAGAAUUUGUCGAGUUAACUUUCGUGUGCACCCCAAUAAAUGCUUAUUUUUCUUUUUGGUAGCUAAGCUUUUAAUAAAAAUAACUACA